GGUAUGUCCCAAUGACAUGUGAUUACCAGCAAACAACCUUCCCAGUCAGAGUGGAACUAGUUCAGAAACAGUAUUUUUGUGGUUGAUUGAGCUAAUCUUUUGUAUUUGAAAUGUCUAGAAUUUGUGGCGGAACUUCCGAGGCAAAAGAUGCCAAUGAAAAGGUGCAGAAAAUAUGCGAUGAGUUGAAGUCCCAUGCAGAGGAUAAAGCUGGACGGAAGUUUGACGUUUUCAUCGCCAAAUCAUAUAAAACACAAGUUGUUCAAGGAACAAAUUUCUUUAUCAAGGUGCAUGUAGGUGGGGAUGACUUUAUUCAUCUGCGUGUUUUUAAUAGCCUGCCCUGUUAUGGAGACAAACUAGAGCUGCACAGCCUGCAGACAUCCAAAGCACACCAUGAUGAGAUUGAAUACUUCUGAGUAAAACCUCCAGAAAGAGCCUAAAUCAAAUCAGCAUCCAUAAUACUCAUGAAACCAAUUGUAAUCAUCAGUAGGGGGCAGUGACGAUGUUUUUUCAAAAUGCCUAAAUGUUUAUACUGUUAACAAUCCUGAGAAAAACUCAUGUAUUACAUGUGAUGGCCUUAAGAAUAAUGAACACAUGCAUUUGUUUACUAGUGGGAUCAUUAGUAAAACAUGACCUGCAAUGAAACUGUUUGUGAGUUAAGCAAUCCUUUCUGAAUGUGUAUCCAUUGUGUAUUUGGCAUAGCCAUGUGACAACUGUUCGUUUGUCCAUAAACUAAAAACAUCAGCUCACACCAAGUUAACCUGCUAGAUAACCAUGGUGACAGAUUGUUUUUUACAUCAGAAUUUUACCCUAUUCCCUGAUUUUAUAUAAAUGUAUACUUAACUGCUUGUACUAUAAACAAUAUUUACAUAAAAUGCAUGGAUGAAA